AUGAUCACUCACCGACAACUACGACGACGAGAAAUCCCCACCGGCAACCGGUUCAGUCUUGCGAAGCCAGUUCCAAGAGGUAGAGAUGAUCACGAUAGCUUCCUAGGUGAUAUGGAGCAUGCUUCGCCGGCAGAAAGAACCACCGGCAAGCUUGGUGGUACUCCUUCACAGCCAUUGUGGAAGACCAUGGAGUCUCCGAUGGCUCGAUCGGCUGACAGCUCUCCGAUGCACAAGCACCACAACGGUAAGCAAGUAGUUCCGAAUCCAGGAGCUCGGGAUAUUGCCAGGUACAGGCAGGACAUGUUGGAUAUGGUGAGGGAGAUGCCGGAGUCUGCUUAUGAACUCACGCUGAGGGAUAUGGUGGAGACUCCGAGGAUAGCCCAGACGGUGCAGGAAACGAUAGAGAAGAGGAGAGAAGAGGCAAAUGAUAAAGCUGAGAAGGUGAAGGAUCAAAGUAAAGGGAAGAGAAGGCUGUUGAGAAAAGAGAGCAUGGAAACUGGGGUGUUCCUUAGAAUGUUCGUGCCAAUCUCUCUGGGUGGAGGUAGAAGGAAGAGCUCAGGGGGGUCUAAUACUUGCGCAAAGGUGUCACCGAGGCCUGUCCUGGCAGAAGCAGAGAAGGGUGGGAUUGAAAGGAUGAAGGGAGAGUUGUGGAAGAAGAAUGAUUCCGACGGUAAGGGAAGCAGAAGCAGGAAAAUGAAUGGCUGCUAUGAUUUCUUCCUUACAAAUAAAAGCCGAUCCAUGUAAAUUUGAGGGCAGUCCUGUUAUCGGCCCCUGUUUUGAGAUGUUUAGUGUUGUAUUUAGCUGUUCAUUGGCAGAUGAGAAUGCAACAAGACCUGUACAAUGGUUUUGAACUUUGCUUUAUCAUUUGUAUUCAAAUCUAGUGUCUGAGAAGUUGAAAAUAUGGUUUCUUUGAGGCAUGUAAAUCAUGUAAACACAGGAUCACCUACAUUAUAAUCUCCAUCUAUGUUAACAAUAUUCAAGCCACUGGCUAAGAAAAAGGAUCAAGCCUUCCAGUUUAUCUCUCAUAUAUUAAGACAAAUGAUCCACUCAAUCACAAUAUCUGUAGGAAAUGUGCUUGUAACAUAGCAAUGUACUUUGUAGAUUUAUGCUCUUGACCUGUUUAUUGAGAAAA